CUACACUCCUCUGCUGCAGUCAGGGAGAGACGUCGUCGCGUGCAGUCAGUCCGCGGUGUACCCGCCGCUCGCUCGGCGCUGCUCUUCUUCUACCUCUUCUUCUUCCUCUCCAUUCCUACUCUGCUGAAGGGUGACCGGAUUACCGCCACGCCGAGGACGCCAUCGGCAUGCGAUAGCGUACUCGCCGCUUCGUCUCUCUUAUAUCGUGAAUAUAGCUUCCUUAAGAAUAAUAAACAGAGAUCCGCGAGCCGUUCACGUGACGGCGUGAUUCAAACGGACAACUGUUACCAUGCGUGCGUUCGGCGGCGUAUUGCGGUGAUACACCGCACGGCAAGCGGCGGGCAAGGAGCCUGGGGUAUGUAGGACACGGAGUCAUGCUUUAAGUAAGGAGACGAUUCGGGUUAAUUCUAGUUCAGUCUGUCCUACACCUCACACCGAGAGGCUUGUGUCCUGUUAGAUAGAACAGAGAAGGCAGUGUUAGCAUCUGCUGUGUGUGUGUGGGUGGGUAUAAUAGUAGCCCCCCGUGAAGAGGCAGGUGGUCUCCCGGUCGGACAGAAGAAUCCCUCGCGGUGAGGACAAAGCUCGAGUUCCAGCACCUCGGACAGCGAACACAUACUUGACACACGAGCUAACUGCUUCAACUCGUCCACACUUCCGCCUCCCGUCGUCAGCUCUGAACACGUCGUUAUUUUUUUAAAUCGAGCCGAAACGUCUCGGAUCAUCUUAACUUCUAACCCGGGUUAAAUGCACUUAAACCACAGAGGUUUGCGCAUGUCGGCGUCUUUCAACCAGUUCGGAAGGACUCGAAGCUAUAAUCAACACGUGCAAAAGUUUCCCCGAACCCCCCAUGAGCGAGGCAGGCCCUUGGAACAACUUUUCCUUUGUAAUUUCAAAAGUAUUUAAUCAAAUUUUACCAAAAGAUUUGUAUUAUUGACAAUCGGGUCGCACGUGCCGCUCCGAUGACAAACGGCGCCGUUGGCCAGCCAAUGGGAAAUCAGCCCCCCGUGUGACGUCGCGCCGACCGCCACCCGAGAGCAGAGUGGAGUGGAGCUCCGCAGCGUCCUUAUCCCCCAAGUCCCCCGUAGUCCACCUCUGAGCCCCCCAACCCCUCCGCCAUGGCCCCACCGGUCCCUAGCCCCCCCAGGGUCGCCCGCCGGCCCCUGACCGUCGCCUGCUGCCUCAUGCUGCUCCUGUCUUGGUCCUGCCCGGCUCUAGGCAAGAAAAAGCUGUACAUCGGAGCGCUGUUCCCCAUGAGCGGGGGCUGGCCCGGCGGCCAGGCCUGCCUCCCGGCCGCCCGCAUGGCCCUCAACCUGGUGAACCGGCGCAGCGACAUCCUGCCCGACUACGAGCUGGAGCUCAUCCACUACGACAGCAUGUGCGACCCGGGCCAGGCCACCAAGCUGCUGUACGACCUGCUCUACACGGAGCCCAUCAAGGUGCUGCUGCUGCCAGGCUGCAGCUCCGUGUCCACGCUGGUCGCUGAGGCGGCGCGCAUGUGGAACCUCAUCGUGCUGUCGUACGGCUCCAGCUCCCCGGCGCUCUCCAACCGCCAGCGCUUCCCCACCUUCUUCCGCACCCACCCCUCGGCCACACUGCACAACCCCACCCGCGUGCAGCUCUUCCAGAAGUGGAAGUGGACCAAGAUCGCCACCAUCCAGCAGACCACCGAGGUCUUCACGUCGACACUGGAUGACCUAGAGGAGAGGGUGAAGGAGGCCGGUAUUGAAAUCAGUGUUCGCCAGAGCUUCCUCACUGACCCCGCUGUGGCCGUCAAGAACCUCAAGCGUCAGGACGCCCGCAUCAUCGUGGGCCUCUUCUACGAGACCGAGGCCCGGAAGGUCUUCUGUGAGGUGUACAAGGAGAAGCUGUACGGCAAGAAGCACGUGUGGUUCCUGAUUGGCUGGUACGCCGACAACUGGUUCAAGAUCCACGACCCGUCCAUCAACUGCACCGCGGAGCAGAUGACGGAGGCGGUGGAGGGCCACGUCACCACGGAGAUCGUCAUGCUCAACCCUGAGACGGUGCGCGGAGCGUCUAACCUGACAUCCCAAGAAUUCCUGGCCCAGCUGAUGUCCGAGCUGGGGGGCAAGAAUCCGGAGGAGACGGGGGGCUUCCAGGAGGCCCCGCUGGCCUACGAUGCCAUCUGGGCCAUGGCUCUGGCCCUCAACAAGACCGUGGGGCCCCUCAGGGCCAAGGGCCGCAGGCUGGAGGACUUCAACUACAACAACCGGGACAUCACGGCCGAGAUCUACCGCGCCCUCAACACCAGCUCCUUUGAGGGUGUUUCUGGCCACGUUGUGUUUGAUGCCCAGGGGUCCAGGAUGGCUUGGACCCUCAUAGAGCAGCUCCAAGGAGGAAGCUACAAGAAGAUUGGAUACUAUGACAGCACCAAAGGCAAUCUGUCCUGGUACGGCAACGACAAGUGGAUAGGCCCCGGGCCCCCUGCCGACCAGACGGUGGUCAUUGAGGAGUUCCGCUACCUCUCCCAGAAGCUCUUUGUGUCUGUGUCGGUGUUCGCUGGACUGGGCAUCCUGCUGGGAAUCGUCUGCCUCACCUUCAACAUCUACAACAGCAACGUCAGAUACAUCCAGAACUCCCAGCCCUACCUGAACAACAUCACGGCGGUGGGCUGCAUGAUGGCUCUGGCCGCCGUGUUCCCCCUGGGCAUCGAUGGCCUCCACGUCGCCCGCCGGCAGUUCCCUGUGGUCUGCCAGUUCCGUCUCUGGCUGCUGGGUCUGGGCUUCAGCCUGGCGUACGGCAGCAUGUUCACCAAGAUCUGGUGGGUGCACACGGUGUUCACCAAGAAGGAGGACAAGAAGGACAAGAGGAAGCACCUUGAGCCAUUCAAACUGUAUGCCACGGUGGGGGUGCUGCUGGGCGUCGACGUGCUGUCUCUGAUGAUCUGGCAGAUCGUGGAUCCUCUACACAUCACAGUGGAGAAGUUCACUCGAGAGGCCCCCAAGGGGGACUUGGAUGUGUUGAUCCAGCCGCUGCUGGAGCACUGCAGCUCAGAGAAGAUGAACACCUGGCUGGGUGUGGUGUACGGCUACAAGGGCCUGCUGCUGCUGCUGGGCAUCUUCCUGGCCUACGAGACCAAGUCCAUCUCCACGGAGAAGAUCAACGACCACCGCGCGGUGGGCAUGGCCAUCUACAACGUGGCGGUGCUGUGUAUGAUCACCGCCCCGGUCACCAUGAUCCUGACCUCGCAGCAGGACGCCUCCUUCGCCUUCGCCUCGCUCGCCAUCGUCUUCUCCGUCUACAUCACCCUGGUGGUGCUCUUCGUCCCCAAGAUGCGCCGUCUGAUCACCCGCGGGGAGUGGCAGUCGGACGCGCAGGAGACCAUGAAGACCGGCUCGUCCACCAACAACAACGACGAGGAGAAGUCCCGGCAGCUGGAGAGGGAGAACAAGGAGCUGCAGAAGAUCAUCCAGGAGAAAGAGGAGCGCGUGUCGGAGCUGCGGAGCCAGCUGACGGAGCGCCAGGCGCUGCGCUCCCGGCGCCGCCCCUCCGCCGCCAGCGCCACGGUCGCCGCCGGCAACCAGAACCACAGCUCCCAGUCCCCCCAGUACCACCAGCACCCCUCCGACCCCAAGUCCCUGGUGCCCCCGCCGGGCUACCCCGCCCCCUCCACGGACAACCACGCCCCGCUGCCGCCCUCCUUCUCCACCGCCACCAGCCUCUACCAGACCGCCGACGCCAAGAUGGGCCGCAACAACUGUCACACCGGCCGCCUGCAGCUGCUCUACAAGUGACCCCCCCCCCCACCAGAGGCGGGGUCGGGGCGGAGCCUCAGGUGGUGGGGGGGGGGGGAGGAGGCUAGGCGUCGAGUUGGAUGGUGAAAUUAUCUUUGUUCCGAAAAAAUGACAAAAAAAAGCUGUUUCUACCGCUUGGGUAUCGCGGCCGCAUGACGAUAACAAUAGGGGUUUCUGUUUUCAUUGAACUUGUUCGGCGGCUGCGAUUGGCCCGGAUGAAGACUGUGCACCCAUGACUAUGGAAGUAAAUCUGUGCCAUCGGAUUUUGAAAAUAAAAAGCCAUUGAAUUCUAAGCACUGAAUAUUUAUGCAUUGAAAUAACGUUUUCGGAUUUUUUCGCCUCUAUAUAUAACUCUUUACCUUUUUCAACAAAUCAAUUUCACAUUUAUUUUUCAUUGUAAAAUAAUUCAAAAUCAAAUAUUCAACGUUUAAAGAUUCUACUUAAAUAUUUUUAGCAUCCCCAUAUUCAACAUGCCAAAGUCACCUGCAAAAUUCAAUGUAUGAAAUUCAGUGUUAACAUCCCCAACGAAGAGCAAUCUAUCCUAGAUGCUAGAUCGUGGUCAAGCAAGGAGAGCGGUUCUUUCUUUUUUGAUACAAACGUUAAUUCUAAACAUAAUUUUACACAGUAGCCUAUAAUAGGAAAUGCUCAAAGGUAAAUCAACGUCAUUAAACACUGACUGUAGCUUUUUAUGGGGAGAGAAGCAACGGUGGUGGACCUUACUAAACGCCCUAUCCAUUGUAUCGGUCUGUAAAAUGCUAAUCAAAUUAAAUGAACUGUAUUUAUUAAGCACAUUUAAUAUCGAGGGGGGGGGGGGAUCUUAUCUUUUAUUUAUGUUUUUGUUAGAAUGCACACCGUUUAUUACCACAGUAUGAAAUAAACUAUGAUCUAAUGCCUGUAUGUGAAAUGUGUGUGAUUGCAGUAACCUGUCUGGAUUUACCUGCAGCGUAAGGGUAAUUGUAGUAGGUUAAGGAGACCAAAUUAUUAGGGCACCCAUUUGAUGCGAUCGGAGGUCCCUUUUCCUACGUUUGGUGUGAUGCUGGGGCGAUCUGAAGCCCGCUGUCCACUUUGGAACGAGAGCGCUUAAAUUCAGAGGCAAAAAAUCCAGAUACGUUAUUUCAAUGCAUAAAUAUUCAGUGCUUAAAAUUCAAUGGCUUUUUAUUUUCAAAAUCCGAUUGCACAGAUGACCGGACUCUCUCUCAGCUCCCGGAGUGGAGAUCACAAAAGUGUGCCAUAAUUUACUGCUCAUCGAUUGCUUUCCAAGAGAAGGGCGUCGGCCUGCUUGCAUCGUCCAAUCACAAGGCUCGCUCUGCCGUCAGCCUCUGUGGCCGUGCUCUCGCCCCGUUGCUCGACCAAUCAGAAUAAGAGGAGGUAGUAUCUCUUAGUCAUCAGCGAGUGUGUGUCAUUACAUGAUGUUUACCCUAAGCCCUGUAUCCUGGUGUGGGAGGAUAGAGCUUCUGACUGUGCCAAAGGGCCCACGGCCCACUGCAGCCUACAGAACGGGGUUUUAGUGUCCUCAGCAUCGAGGGAUCCUGUCAAGCUGUUGUCAGGGUUAAAGAUGUUGAUGUGUGUGAGAUUUGUCGGUAUUAUCUCUGUUCAAAGAGACUGUCGUGGUUCACGCACCGAAUGGCCUCCUCUGUGGAGGUAAAGGGAGAACAUGGUGGCUCCGUGCUCAUGGGGGGCUCUUGGCUCAUGGGGGGGGGGGGGGGGUCUUGGCUCAUUGGGAGGGGCGUGGCUGAGUGCAGCUGCAGCCCUGUGUCCAGUGUGCUGGGGGCUUGCCACUGGACGUGGCUCGGUGGAAGCAUCAAUCAAACCCCUUUCAAUUUCUUGGUGGUGAAUCUUGUUCACAGCUGUUGUUUUGACCAGCUCUCUCUUCUCUCUCGAUCAUCGAUCACUUUGCCAAAACUCAAUGUGUGCGUCAGCAUAGACCAGCACACUGUCCUACCCACACGGCCAGCGUCCUCACGGCUGAACCAAGCUCUACGUGUCGUGGCACCGGACCCUAGUCAUGUACUGAUGAGGGCUGAUCUUCUUUGGCUUCCUGGUUAAACCCCGGGUCUUGUGCUGAAGAGUGACUCUUCUUCCCAUCCCCGCAGAGCGGUAUGGCCUCUGCAGGUACCUCUGUUUUAGAAAGACCUCAUUGUUUUUUAACAGUGGAUAACGAAGAGGAAUGGAUGCUUUUACAUGUCACCCAAAGUCCCCUUCUGAACCUCAGACAGGUCUAAUUGGUUUGUUUUGGUUGCUUCCCAGUUCUGCUUUCUCUGCCUCUUUGUUUAGCUCCUUUCUCUUAGUGUGAUGACGUAAGGAGAUUUCUACUUUUUCUCUGAAAAAGUACAUUUCUCUGAUAUACAGACAGUCACGGUUCCUCAGUGACUGUUUUUGACAGUAUUAAUGUUACUGUGGCUCUCCAACCUGUUGUGGUCCACAGCCCGGUACAGACAGUGUCCAUCACACAUCACCAUGCCAUGUGAACAGUGCCAACGCCAGGUCAUCAGCACCUCUCAACACAUCCCUCUGGAGACGGUCUCUCCAUCCCUCUGUUAAUCAGUGGACUGGACGGUCUCUCCAUCCCUCUGAAAUCUGUGUACUUGACGGUCUCUCCAUCCCUCUGUAUAUCAGUGACCUGGACGGUCUCUCCAUCCCUCUGUUAAUCAGUGGACUGGACGGUCUCUCCAUCCCUCUGUAUAUCAGUGUACUGGACGGUCUCUCCAUCCCUCUGUUAAUCAGUGGACUGGACGGUCUCUCCAUCCCUCUGUAUAUCAGUGACCUGGACGGUCUCUCCAUCCCUCUGUUAAUCAGUGGACUGGACGGUCUCUCCAUCCCUCUGUUAAUCAGUGGACUGGACGGUCUCUCCAUCCCUCUGUAUAUCAGUGUACUGGACGGUCUCUCCAUCCCUCUGUUAAUCAGUGGACUGGACGGUCUCUGCAUCCCUCUGUAUAUCAGUGUACUGGACGGUCUCUCCAUCCCUCUGUUAAUCAGUGGACUGGACGGUCUCUCCAUCCCUCUGUAUAUCAGUGUACUGGACGGUCUCUCCAUCCCUCUGUAUAUCAGUGUAUUGGACGGUCUCUCCAUCCCUCUGGCUGUAUAUCAGUGUACUGGAUGGUCUCUCCAUCCCUCUGUAUAUCAGUGUACUGGACGGUCUCUCCAUCCCUCUCUAUAUCAGUGUACUGGACGGUCUCUCCAUCCCUCUGUAUAUCAGUGUACUGGACGGUCUCUCCAUCCCUCUGUAUAUCAGUGUACUGGACGGUCUCUCCAUCCCUCUCUAUAUCAGUGUACUGGACGGUCUCUCCAUCCCACUGUAUAUCAGUGUACUGGACGGUCUCUCCAUCCCUCUGGCUGUAUAUCAGUGUACUGGACGGUCUCUCCAUCCCUCUGGCUGUAUAUCAGUGUACUGGACGGUCUCUCCAUCCCUCUGUAUAUCAGUGUACUGGACGGUCUCUCCAUCCCUCUGUAUAUCAGUGUACUGGACGGUCUCUCCAUCCCUCUGUAUAUCAGUGUACUGGACGGUCUCUCCAUCCCUCUGUAUAUCAGUGUACUGGACGGUCUCUCCAUCCCUCUGUAUAUCAGUGUACUGGACGGUCUCUCCAUCUCUCUGGCUGUAUAUCAGUGUACUGGACGGUCUCUCCAUCCCUCAGGCUGUAUAUCAGUGUACUGGACGGUCUCUCCAUCCCUCUGGCUGUAUAUCAGUGUACCGGACGGUCUCUUCAAGGCCUAGGAUUUCCUCUAGCUUGACUCUAGCGUAGCAGCCAGGUGUUACAUGCGUGUGUGUGUGUGUGGUAGAAACAACUUGUUAUAUGACUGUGAAUAAGUUGGAGUUCCUUCCAAGCACUUAGGAAUGAAGAAGGAGACGAUUUGAGGCUGUUUGGAGGAAGCAUAGGACUCAUCCGACAGACAAUCUCAAGUCGUCCUUUGUAAAUAAUGUACGUUUGUAAACUGUCUCUACUGUAAGGCAUUUCAACAGUCAACAAUUGCAGAUAUAAUAGUGGCAUCCAUACAAAUGAGAAGUAUGCACAAUGUUGAUGAUAAUGUACAUGGUGAAGAUUAGGCAGUAUUUAUAUCCUUGAACAUGCGUUUACCAGCUGUAUCUUGUGUGGUACCGUAUUUGAAAUAUAUUUCUAUAUGCUAAUUCAUAAUGUUGGAGAUUAUUUGAAAUGCUAAGAAAGUGAAUAAAAGUCCUUUUUUUUGCAGAA